AUGGCCACCAGUCCUAAUGAUGGCGUCCCUGGGACGAUCCACAUCCUCGAUCUCGAACACAACAUGCAUACGAAACACUCCGGCAAUGGAGAGAUCGUCCUCGUCCCUACGCCUUCAGCCGAUCCCGAGGACCCGCUCAACUGGUCGCCGCGUCGAAAGAUGCUGUCAACGAUAUGUGUCAACCUUUACACGUUCUCUGUUGGUCUGAUAGCUUCGGUCAUUGCUUCAGUUCUGGUUCCUCUGUCUGAUGCUACCAGCACUGGAUAUGUGUUUCUUCUCUGCGGUUGGGGUUUACUGUUCUGGCAGCCUUUUGCUUUGCGAUAUGGAAAGAGAUUGACCUAUCUGGUAUCUAUCAUCGGAACAAUCGCCUGUCUCAUUUGGAGUCCCUACGCCCGCAGCAACGGUGAGUGGAUUGCAAAGUGCAUUGUCUCGGGCAUACUUGCCGCUCCCAUCGAAGCUCUUCCCGAGGUCUCUGUCACCGAUGUGUAUUUCACCCAUGAACGUGGAUUGUAUAUGGGAUUUUAUUGCCUGUCACUUUCCGGAAGCGCGUAUUUUUCUCCCGUUAUUUCCGGGUUCAUCGCUGAUUACGCCGGAUGGAAAUGGGUCUUUUACGUCCCAGCCAUCUGGUCUGGAGUGGUGACUGUUUUUCUCUUCUUCUUUAUGGAAGAAACCAACUACCACCGCCCAUCUGUCGGUGUGGUAGAGAUUUCUGAUUCCAUCGCCUCCGAAAAAGGUGAUGAAAAGGAAGCCACUGCUGCAAUUUCGACGUCUUCCGCGACCAGCAAAAAGACAUUCCUGCACAAGAUGUCUCUAUGGCAGACAUGCCCUGGCGAUAACCCAUUUAAAAAGUCGUUCCUCAUUCUCAGAUAUCUUAGCUGGCCAGUUAUAUUCUACGCUGGAUUCUCAUACGGCAGCUAUCUUGUAUGGUUCAACGUGAUGAAUGCAACAGCUUCAAUUAUUUUGGGGGGUGCUCCAUAUAACUUUAGCGACUCCAUGGUGGGACUGAGUUAUAUUUCUUGUUGUGUUGGUGUCAUUGCUGCCGCUUUUUUUACAGGAAGUUUCAGCGACUGGCUGACCAUCAAGCUUGCUCGCCGCAACAAUGGUAUCAUGGAAGCAGAGCACCGACUCUAUCCAUUCGCCCUCACCACCAUCCUUGUACCAGCAACCCUAAUUCUCUGGGGCGUUGGAGCCGCGCAUAACAUCCAUUGGUUUGGACUGAUUGUCGCAAUGUGUCUGUUGGCAUUCAGCAGCACCGCUGGCAUCACACUCAGUGUCAACUACCUCAUAGACAGUUACCACGAAAUCAGCGGAGACGCCAUGGCAACGGUCAUUAUUGUUCGAAAUACCAUGUCUUUUGCCAUUGGAUAUGGUAUCACGCCUUGGAUCGAUGAUAUGGGCUACCAGAAUUGCUUCAUCUCUGCUGCUUUUAUCGGAAUGGCCGCUUGUUUAGUCUUUGCAGUCAUGAUUAAAUGGGGUAAAUUCUUUAGAGAGCGGAGCAAGGAGACGUACUGGACCCUUGCUGCAACGAACAGCCACGCUUAA